UUGUUGUUUCCUACAGUGGUUAUGCUGACCGAAUCCAUGAGUUGAUGGCUGUCUCGAGAGAACUCAGUGGUGAUGAUAAAUCCUCUUUCCAGAGAAAUAGAAGCAGAAAUUACCUAAGUGAAGCUAACUAUGUUGAGUUUUCCGGUGUCAAGGUUGUUACUCCAACGGGAAAUGUUUUGGUGGAGGAUCUCACCCUUCGAGUUGAGCAGGGGUCUAAUCUUCUGAUUACAGGCCCUAAUGGAAGUGGCAAGAGUUCCCUUUUCCGAGUAUUAGGAGGUCUAUGGCCCCUCGUGUCUGGGCAUAUUGUGAAGCCAGGAGUUGGUUCUGAUAUGAACAAGGAGAUUUUCUACGUGCCGCAACGACCCUAUAUGGCAGUAGGAACACUCCGUGACCAGUUAAUAUAUCCUCUUACUUCUGAUCAAGAGACUGAACCACUCACUGAGACUGGAAUGGUGGAGCUAUUGAAAAAUGUUGAUCUAGAAUAUUUAUUGGAUCGCUACCAACCGGAAAAAGAGGUUAACUGGGGUGAUGAGUUAUCUCUUGGAGAGCAACAGAGAUUGGGGAUGGCCAGAUUAUUCUACCACAAACCCAAAUUUGCAAUUCUUGAUGAAUGCACAAGUGCUGUGACAACUGAUAUGGAAGAACGCUUUGCCGCUAAGGCUCGAGCUAUGGGAACUUCUUGCAUAACAAUCUCCCAUCGUCCAGCCCUUGUUGCAUUCCAUGAUGUUGUUUUGUCACUAGACGGCGAAGGGGGAUGGAGUGUUCACUACAAGAGGGAUGACUCUGCCCUUCUGACGGAUGCUGAAAUUGAUUCAGAUUCAGCGAAAAUUUCAGAUACAGAUCGGCAAAAUGAUGCUAUGGUUGUUCAACGAGCGUUUGCUGCAGCUAGAAAGGAAUCUGCUACCACUAAUUCAAAGGGUCAGUCGUACCUGACACAGUUAAUUACAAAGUCACCUGUUGUUGAUAAAAGUGUAAUGCUGCCUCGUUUUCCUCAACCUCAAACAUCCCAAAGGGCUUUACCAUCAAGAGUAGCUGCAAUGUUAAACGUAUUGAUACCCACUAUAUUUGACAAACAAGGAGCACAACUGCUCGCUGUUGCUUGCCUUGUCGUCUCAAGAACACUGAUCUCUGACCGAAUAGCCUCUUUGAAUGGGACCACUGUGAAGUAUGUCUUAGAGCAAGAUAAGACAGCCUUUGUUCGUUUGAUUGGUUUGAGUGUUCUCCAAAGUGGUGCAUCUUCUAUCAUUGCUCCUUCAUUAAGGCAUCUAACGCAAAGGCUAGCGUUAGGGUGGAGGAUUCGUUUGACUCAACAUCUGCUACGGAAUUACUUGAGAAACAAUGCGUUUUACAAGGUUUUCCACAUGUCAGGCAAUAGUAUUGAUGCGGACCAGAGACUCACUCGUGACCUGGAAAAGCUAACCAGUGACUUGUCUGGACUUCUUACUGGAAUGGUAAAGCCGUCAGUUGACAUUCUCUGGUUCACAUGGAGGAUGAAGCUAUUGACUGGUCAGAGGGGAGUUGCCAUACUUUACACAUAUAUGUUACUUGGUUUGGGUUUUCUGAGACGUGUUGCUCCCGAUUUCGGUGAUCUAGCUGGUGAAGAACAGCAGCUUGAGGGGAAGUUUAGGUUUAUGCACGAAAGGCUGAACACUCAUGCUGAAUCUAUUGCAUUCUUUGGAGGUGGAGCUCGAGAAAAAGCUAUGGUUGACACAAAAUUCAGGGCCCUGCUGGACCACUCUCUCAUGCUCUUGAGGAAGAAAUGGGUGUAUGGCAUACUUGAUGAUUUUGUGACUAAGCAACUUCCCAAUAAUGUGACUUGGGGAUUGAGUUUAUUGUAUGCCCUAGAACACAAGGGAGACAGAGCACUUGUCUCCACUCAAGGUGAAUUGGCACAUGCAUUGCGGUAUUUAGCUUCUGUUGUCUCCCAAAGCUUUAUGGCUUUUGGCGAUAUUCUUGAACUAAACAAGAAGUUCCUUGAGCUCUCUGGUGGUAUUAACAGAAUUUUUGAGCUUGAUGAGUUUUUGGAUGCUUCUCAGUCAGGCGUUACCUCAGAAAAUCACACAAGUCGUUUGGAAUCUCAAGAUCUACUUUCCUUUUCGGAGGUGGAUAUCAUUACCCCUGCUCAGAAAUUGAUGGCUAGCAAGUUGUCAUGCGAAAUAGUUUCAGGGAAAAGCCUGCUUGUCACAGGUCCAAAUGGUAGUGGAAAGACUUCUAUAUUUAGAGUCCUUAGAGAUAUCUGGCCCACUGUAUGCGGAAGACUUGCCAAGCCAUCAUUGGAUAUCAAAGAACUUGGGUCAGGGAAUGGCAUGUUUUUUGUCCCGCAGCGACCUUAUACAUGUUUAGGGACACUGAGAGAUCAAAUUAUAUAUCCUCUAUCUAAAGAAGAAGCAGAGAAAAGGGCAGCAAAGUUAUACACCAAUGGAGAAAGCUCAACAGAAGCUGGAAGCGUUCUGGAUGCUCAUUUGAAAACCAUUUUGGAGAAUGUUCGGUUAGUUUAUCUUUUGGAAAGAGAUGUAGGUGGUUGGGAAGCUACUACCAAUUGGGAAGACAUAUUAUCUCUUGGAGAGCAACAGAGACUAGGCAUGGCACGUUUAUUCUUUCACAGACCGAAGUUUGGAGUCCUUGAUGAAUGCACCAACGCGACAAGUGUUGACGUUGAGGAACAGCUCUAUAGGGUUGCAAGAGAUAUGGGAGUCACUUUCAUAACCUCGUCACAACGGCCCGCUCUAAUCCCGUUCCACUCCUUGGAAUUGAGGUUAAUUGAUGGAGAAGGAAACUGGGAGCUCCGUUCGAUCGAACAAACAACAGAGUAAACUCAGCAAAACAUUUAAGAAAGGUCUAAAUAGUUAAAAAAAGAAGAAGUAAUAAAGUUAAAGCCAUUAGACAAUGCAAGCAAUCUUUUUACCACAAGCUAUAUAUGGUAUGUAGUUUCUGGAUUCUCCCUCAUUGAUCGCAAGGAGGGAGUGGGAGAGAAUGCGUCGAUGCUACUACUUUUGUUAGAUCUGGAGGAUUGAUUUGAUUUUAGAGAUUAUAUAAGUGUAGGUGAUUGAAUCGGUGGAGCAUUUUGAGUUCUCCUAUGGAGUAUGGUGUUAAUUAGCUUGAAGAAACAAAGAACAAUACAGUGAUAUAACUCAAAUAAUGUACAGUUCCUUUCAGAAUCCUUUGUUGGAAUUUACAGUUUA